AAAGACGCGCGGCGUCGCGACGCUGCAUUCGCAUACGAGAGACGUCGCGAGAAGAGUCCGCAGACCAGAGAGACCGGUCACAGGCCAUUUCCCGUCCAUUGUGUUUUUCCUUUCAUCCCACCGUACAGUAUUAAACACAGCCUAGUCCACCUUUCGUCCGAUUCUAUCUCCUCGCCUAAUCGCUUCCGCUUCGUCUUCCAUUUUUAUUUUACCUCGUCGUGCAUUCGAGCAGAGUUGACGGCGAAACCAUGUCUUCGGUGAUGUUUGAAUCCCUCAGCGACAAAGUGGCGAUGUUCGACCAAUACGCGAACAAGCACAAAGACAAGCAGAACAAGAACCCGUUCACGUCUGGCCUGAAUCUCGAGAAACGGACAUUCUCGAAGGAAGAAUAUGGAAGACCGGAAGCUGGCUCUUUGACAGACAUCCGUGGUCGCAAAGCCACGGCGCACAUUCUGAAAGAGGUGCUCGAACUCUGCGAGAUCAUUCAUCAAGAGGGCACACCGUGUCGGGACCAACCAGAGGUCAUCGCGAUCACGUUUGGCGAUUUAUUCAACAUUUACACCCACAUCAGCGACAAAUGCGUGGGUCUUCUGCUGAGAGCCAGGAAACAGAAGCUCGUGGAGUUCGAGGGAGAAGUACUGUUUCAGAGACGAGACGAUGACGUGCCAAUCUAUUUGGUGAAGCCAAUCAGGGAAAUCCGCGAAUCGUUCAAUCUACGGCUAAAAGAAAUCGCGAAGGAGAUGUCGAUAAGUUAACGAUCACCUUCCUCUCCCAAUGUUUCCGUUCUUCGACAAAUAAUUCCACGUUGAAGAGUCCCCGAUUCAACACGUUAUCCUGUAUUUAUUUACAACGCAGCCGUAGAAGCUCCGCGAACGACCAUUGUAUAGUUUGUAAGUUUUAUCCGACGUGUAAGUGAAACGAGUGAGUGAGGCUGAACCUGAAGAAUGAGCUGAUAUAGAUGGGCAAACGAAAGGACAAAUAUGUACAAUGUGAUAUUUCCAUAGAAUUAUUAGAAAUAAAGAAACUUUUAUAACAAA